AUGAUCCAACUAAAGACAUUAUUAAAUUGCAUUGACAACUCUGGCGCCUCGGUCGUCGAGUGCGUCAACGUCUUGAAGAAGAAGCGGCCCGCGACAAUCGGUGAUCGAAUCGUCGUUGUCGUCCAGAAACAGAGAGCCGCUGGGUCCGAAGGUACCGGUACUGCUCUUGCGAACAAAGUCCGCCGUGGUGACAUCCGACAUGCUGUUGUCGUCCGCGUUAAGAAGGAGCUGCAGCGGGCUGAUGGCACUGUUGUUAGAUUUGGUGACAAUGCCUGUGUGUUGGUGAACAAGUCAGGAGAUCCGAUCGGUACCAGAAUGAACGGAGUUGUGGGACAGGAACUACGAGCUAAGCAGUGGUCUAAGAUCUUGUCAUUGGCGCCAAUUAAUGUGUAA